AUGUCUGCCAUCCAGGGAAAAUGCCACUGCGGUGCUGUUGAAUAUACAGCCAAGCUUGGAGACAAGUCUCAUAUCCUCUGCCAUUGCGAUGCUUGCAAGCGUAUCAACGGCAGUGACUUCACUCUCAACCAAGUCAUUCCCAAGGCGGACCUCGAGAUAAAGAAGGGUGACUUAACUAAAUACACCUACAAGGGUGAUUCAGCCCAACUUGAUAUUGACUAUGAAGGCAACUCCGUGCACUGCUUCUUCUGCCCCACCUGCUCCACCCACAUAUAUCAUCAUCAGACUGUGUUAGGCGACGACAAGUUUAUCCUCCGCACGGCAUCGUUGGAAGGCAACAAGGACUGGCCGGCCUCAGUUGAGAUAUACUGCAAGGACAGAGCAAAAUGGCAGCCAGACGUUGCGCCAAAGGUAUGCCAGGCUGGUCCAGAGUAG